AUGGGUUACAGUCAGGGCGCGUCGCCGCCCACUGACCGGGGCGCCGUUGAUAACAACCAAUCGAUACAAUGUGAAGCGAAAAAGGAACUCGCAAAGCAAAUCGUCCUUGGAGACGCUCCCCACGGCUCUUCUACACGCUUAGGAGCCAAGCCCUUGAUUUUACGGGCUUCAGAUGUCCUAUUGUCUUUGUCAGGCAGGUCUGUCGACGGUAUGCUUUUGGCCCCCUACGCGCAGGACCCAUCACCCGGUGUCGAGAACUUCCAGGAAGCACUGCGCCUGUUCCCACCAUUUCGAGAUGACGACGGAGCAACCCUCGGGGCCGUGGAUGUCAAAUGCCCGGAUUGCGACGCCGUCUAUUCUUCACAGAACGAAUUAAAACAACACUACCUGACCAGGUUUUGCCCUGGCGCUGCUGUCGCUGUCUAUGUGAUGACCCGAGACCGUCUGAUCACCAAGGGCUAUCGCAUGGAAAAGCGACUGGUGUCCUUCGAUUGUCGACCGAUCCGGUUCUUUUGCGGCCACUGCGACAGACAUUUUGCCAUUGGGCCUGAAGACGAGCGAAUCGAGAGACCAAGGGAUACGCCAUCCUUCGUCGAUUGCAAGAAUUGCGGAGAAAAUUGUAACAUCUCAUAUGAGCCGAUCUUGAACGAUCCACGGGACGAUGCCAGUUUUCGAGACACAACGGCCAGUGCCGCUCGCAGUCGGAGUCCCAGCAUUGGCCAGAAGGGCUCCCUAGGGUCCAGAAUCUCCAUGACCGCCAGUCCAAAUGGCGAGCAGACCCUCGCCAAGAGGGCUCGACGGAUACGGGACUCGUGGUCUUUCAGAAAAACGUCCCAGAGCGACGAAGACGAGCUGGUUGCAAUAAGUUUCGCCGGGCUGUACGACCUGGAAAGGAUCCACGCGCCUCACGGUAUCUAUCAGCAGUUCGAAGCGUGCGGACUAGGGGCCCAUGUCCUGCAGUCGAAUGCGAGUUUCACCUCCAGCGUCCCUCACGAUCUAAUGGCAGCAGACCCCAAAAAGGGAUUGUGUGAGGAAGAUGAGCAUCACCGGAACCAUCUAGCCAACACAGGGGAUGAGUAUAUGAAAAACGAAGCUGCGUGCGACCCACGUCUGUCACCACGAAAACAAACUCUUCUCCAGAGAAUUUUUGGGCGCAUGAGCCCUAAAGGGAUAUCACGGUCACGCUCCACAUCAAACAAAGGCAAACGGUUGAUUAAACGAGCAAACACCAUCCGAUUCUCCUUAGUAGGGAGGCACCCAAAGAACGAAGACAAGCUGCAUACCAUCGAAAGCGUACGAAACUCCGUCGAUUCGCAGCCCUUGCAGGCCGCCGACAGGCAGUCAGCUACUCCCUCGCCCAUCUCCGAUGCAGAGUACAUUGCCCUGCUUCGGGGGAGUCAGAACAUCCUUGUUCACCUACAACACCUGCCCGGUGGCGUAGUCAUUCACGACGUCUCUGGCCGCCAAAGGAUCCUCUCGAUAGAUGAGGUCGCGCUGCUUUUCUUACGAGUGAAAGACGAAUCGGCUGCGGCAAAUAUUCAUUCCCGAGUCCUCACGACACGACUACGAGCCGACUCAGCGCUAAAAAGCGGAAACGCCCGAGGUGCAGUGGUUGAAUAUCACGAUGCCUUGAGACUGCUCGACAAUGCACCGGCCCUCGAUGUAGAUCGGUUGUCACGGGCAUCGAUUUUGCACUCUCUGGGCCAGGCCUAUCGUAACCUCGACAUGCCGGCCGAGUCAGAAGCAUGCUAUUUGGAAUCCUUGGGGCUCUACAAACGAACACUGGGAAGAGACCACCCCAAGAAUUUUGCCGUCCUACACGAUCUCGGUGCCCUCUGUGAACGAGAUGGGUAUGCCACAGAGGCAUCCGCUUUAUAUGAACGCUCAUUUGCCGGUCGACUAAAAACUCUUGGACACAAUGCGCCUGAAACUCUGAGCAGCAUGCAGGACCUUGCUUCUCUGAAGGUCCUCCUCGGAGACCUCGAAUCCGCACUCCUUCUUCUAGAACAGGCGGUCCCCGCCCUCGACACGGUGUUUGGACUACAAAAUGCCACAACCCUAAACGCGAUGAACCAGCUAUCUCUUUUGUAUCAAAAACUUGGAUUCGACAAGGAGUCCCGUACGAUAAGCGGCCGAACAAUUCCCCACUGCCGGACCUUCUUCGGCAUCACCAGCCCUAUCACCAGAGACGCUGUGGUGCGAUAUCUGCAGACCUCUGAGAACUUCGACUUCCCCGCUGAGAUCAAGGACGUCCUUGAGCAAUACCAGCGUUCCCAGGAUCCGGAUGCCCUCCGGGUGAUCCACCGCUUGGGCAGGUCCUAUAUGGACGCGGGCCUCAACCGUGAUGCGUCCGAGCUCUUCGAGACACUGGUGGAGGACUUCCUCGUCGUGAAAGGCCCCGAAGCCCCUGAGACAUUCGAUGCUCUCAGCGCACUGUGCGUCUCCCGUGAACACCUAGACUCCAUCGACAAGGCUAUCCUCGCCUACAAGCAACUUGUCCACAUGGCCAGUCGCACUCCGGAAAAGCAUCAAUCUCGGACACGAAUCAGCUACGCCGAGAAACGGAUCGCGGCACUGAAUCGACGGCGGGAGUUACUGGCCGCAGAACGCAAGGAGUGGGGAUUGCACGAGCCAGGACGGUGCGAGCACUGUUCGAAUUCCACCACGGUCCUAUGCAACACCUGCAAGAUCUUCCGCUUCUGCAGCGACAAAUGCCACAGCAAUGGCCUGGCGGCCCACCUCCCCCACUGCAUCCCAUCCGUCUCGCUACGCGAGUCCAAGUCUCUCGCCGUGAAACCAAAAUGCCCAACGGCUGCGCGCCAACAAGCCAUCUCCAAAAUCCGACACUUGGACAGCUCGCGUCCCAUCAACAUCACCGCAAGCUACACAUUCUACCUCGACCCGCGCAGCUUCACCACCUUCCGCAUGAAGCUCAACUCAGACACCAACACCCUCAUCCUCUUCUCCCUCGACGCAGACAUCCAGUACGCAAUGGUCGACAAUCCAGCCUCAGCCUCAUCGAGCAACCGGCCCCCCUCCCCCACAACAGCGGCAGCAAUAGCAUCAGCAACAGCUACAUCUUCAACAACCACAACAACAACCACCAGCGACAGCACCACCUCCACAGCAACAAUCCCCUGGCUAACCCCCGACCGCCAAGAAACCAUCACCUACGUGCCCGUCCCGUCCGCAAACCCACUCAGCCCAAUCCCAAGCCCACUCCCAAGCCCACACUACCCCAAAUCCAGACCAUCCUUCCCAGCGCAGCCCCCCACCAGCGGAGCGCGUUACGUGCUCGUCACCCCCGGCAAGGAAAUGCUCCGCACGGCGAUCGACAAGCGGAUAGGCGUGCGGGCCGGCGACGGCGAAAAGGAACGCUUCCGCGCAUUGCAAGGCCCGGAUACCGAGAUGAUCGAGUAUGCUCAGGGUUUGGGCCUGCUGCUCCCGGGGUAUCUUGGGGAGGCGUUCAUGUAUGUGAUUGAGUGGGUGUGGAAGUGA